UAUUAACUCAUUUCCACCCCUAGUUCGAAGAACAUUACAUUUGCAAACAAACACGAAACCUCGAGAAUAAAUGGCGAAAUUGCAGAAGCCAUGAAUUACUCCUACAACUCAAACUUCUUACGCUUGCUUUCCUACACAAAGCAGCUAACAUCCCACGUUAAUCAAGGUCGCCAUAACCAAGCACUCUCUCUCUUCUACCACAUUCACUCUGCAUUGGCUCUUCCUCUUGACCCUUAUGUCUUCCCGCUCACUCUCAAAUCCUGCUCAGCCCUCCAUUGCCCACUUCUUGGGACCUCCAUUCAUGCCCACUUAACCAAAUCUUCUCUACUACCGAACCCAUUUGUAGCUUCUGCUCUUGUUGAUUUUUAUGGGAAAUGUGUUUCCUUGGUUUCUGCACGCCAACUGUUCGACGAAAUUCCCCUUAGAAAUGAUGUUGUAUGGAAUGUAAUGAUUUCACUUUAUGCACAUUCUAAUAAUGUUUCUCUGGCUUUAGGGUUGUUUGAAUCUAUGGAUGUUGCUCCUAAUAUUUCGACGUUUAAUUCGAUUAUCGAUGGUUUGUCGAGGUUAGAUGAUGGGUGUUACAUGGCUCUUGCGUUUUACAGAAGAAUGCAGGAUUUUGGGUUGAGGGCGAAUUUUAUUACUGCAUUGGCUUUGCUUUCUGCUUGUGCUGGUGGUGGGGCUUUAAAGUUGAUUAGAGAGAUUCAUGGGUAUAGUAUGCGGAACAAUAUUGAUCCGAAUCCACAGCUUAGGAGUUGUCUUGUUGAAGCGUAUGGGCGAUGUGGAUGUGCUGAUUAUGCUUAUUGCAUAUUCUGUAGUAUGAAGGAGAGAGAGCGAGACGUAGUGGCAUGGAGUAGCUUGAUCUCAGCUUAUGCAUUGCACGGCGAGGCAAGAAAAGCGUUGGACAUUUUUCAUGAAAUGGAAGACGCGAAAGUGAAGCCUGAUGGGAUUACUUUGUUGGGCGUACUGAAAGCUUGUAGUCAUGCAGGAUUGGCUGAUGAAGCAAAGGGUUACAUUUCAAGGAUGCAAGAGGUUUAUGGUGUGGAAAUAACCAGUGAUCAUUACUCUUGUUUGGUGGAUGUACUAAGUAGGGCAGGGAAAUUAUAUGAAGCUUACGACGUCUUGACCAAAAUGCCAGUUAAGGCAACUGCAAAAGCUUGGGGUGCGCUGUUAGGAGCUUGCAGAACUUAUGGAGAGGUGGACCUUGCAGAGGGUGCUGGAAGAGCAUUGUUUGAGAUAGAACCUAAUAAUGCUGCUAAUUAUGUGCUGUUAGCUAGAAUUUAUGCAAGCGCGGGAAGAUAUGAAGAAGCUAAUAAGUUGAGAAUUGAAAUGAAAGAAAGGCGAGUGAAGAUAGCACCAGGUAGCAGUUGGGUGUAGUUGGACAGGAACUAUUCCGUCCCUUCAGUUAAGCAGGUACACAAUGGAAACAAUGGAAAUUCAAUGGAUUCCCAAGUUGCCUGCAACUGGUAGUGUCUAUUGUGAUUCUACUAUAAUGCUUCCAAUCCUGUGUACUAAAAUUGGUCUGUCCUUGAGAAUAUUUUAACAAGAAUUGAGCAGCAAGGCCAACAAUCCAGACCUCAGACGUAUGUCAUCGUAUAUGCCGGCUUAUGUUUCCUGAAUUUGAUCCAUUGAACAGAAACAUUUUCGGGUCAGAUAAUACGAAAAUAUAUAGUGAAUAUUCACUAGGACCAAAAUUGCUGUUGGACGCCUCUUUGUUUUGCAUUUCACAUCACUAUUGUCAUUGCUCGUGCACUAAUCCUGAUGGUUUUUUGUAUAGACUUCAUUUUAUAGAUUAAUGGAUAUUAUUGGUGGAAGCGA